GUCGGCGGUUCGGCUGAGGGGUGCGCCGCCGACCGCUGGGCGGACACUGCGGGCUGCUGCAGACGGACGCCAGGCGGGUACGCUGCGGCCCGCUCCGCCCUGCAGGCGCCCGGCCGUCGGCUAGCCCGUCGGUGAUCGCUCGGGAGACCGAUGGGCCGCUGGAGCGAGUCGCGGCGGCGACCCAGCUCGCUGGCCGCCCCGCACGUGCUGACCGUGCAGCGGUGCGCGGCGGCUCUGCUCGUGUUACUCUCGUACGGCGCCUUGCUGCGACUCGCUUACUCCAUCUGGCUGCGCGACGUCGCCCCGGAGGCCCACCGGCGUCAAGCCACCCUGCCUGCCGACUACCAGACGUACAACAGCUGGCGCACGUCAGCUGAGCCCCGCCGCACGUCCGAGGACGCCGGCCUGGUGAGCACGUCCCCGCGCCGGACAGCAGCGCUGCUUGGCCAGCCGUACGCCGACGAGGAGGGCCCGUACCCGACAGGCGAGCAGGCGGGCGACUCGGAGCGGCCCGGCGGAGGCCGUGAGGACUACGACGACAGCGACCUGCUGGAAGACUUCGAGCCGGACGAAGACGCCUUCGAGAGCCGAGAGGAGGACGCCGCCGACGAUGACGCGGACGAUGACGCCGAGCCGCCGGUGAACAGGCGGCUGCUGGUGUUCACCAGCGUGCCUCAGGCGGGCAGCGAGGUGAUCACGCUGCUGCUCAGGUGGCUUUCUGGGCAGAACCAGUUCAGCUACGUGCAGCUGACGACGGCCGGCGGCGGCCCGCUGCAGCCAGCCGAACAGAGGCGCCUGGUGGAGAAGAUAGCGUCUUUCUCGAAACCCGUGCAUGACGGCGUUUGCGUAUCCCACUCAGCGUAUGUGGUGGACUUCUCGCAGCAUGGGUCAGCCGCUCCUCUGCAAUUCAGCCUGAUCCGUGACCCAAUUGACAGGGUCAUGUCAAGGUUCACCCACAGUCGGCUGGUGGGGGGCUUCGGGCCGCCGCCGGGCGCCGAGCCGGCCGGCCAGACGCCAACUCUGGAGCAGUGCCUGCGGGACGGCCGGCCCGAGUGCACCUUCCUGAACGGCCACCAGUACCCGGAGCUGGCCGUGCCCUUCUUCUGCGGACACGACAGCGAGUGCACGCGGCACAACUCGCGCUGGGCGCUGGAGCGAGCCAAGCGCACGGUGGAGCGCCGCUUCGUUACAGUGGGGGUGCUGGAAGACAUGAACACCACGCUGGCCGUGGCCGAAACGUUGCUGCCCAGGUUCUUCUCCGGCGCCUGGGACCGCUUCUUCAUCGACCUCGUCGGCCAGAUCGGGGAUUCCAUGCUGAUACGGCCGCGUGGCGAGCUCUCCAGCAAGGCGCGGAGCCAGCUGAGGGCUAACCUGACCACCGAGUACGAGUUCUACGAGUUCGUGCUGCGCCGAGUCGAGCAGCAGUACAACGCAUUCGUGCUGGGGUCCUAGCGCUGCGGCACGUCUGCCUCGUGAGCGCACCAGGUGCCCCCACCGGAGCCGCGGCGGUGCACUGCCGGGCGCCCGGCUACUGAUCACGUCCGCGGGCGGGCUGGCUGGAGACGGCCGCCCCGCCACCGCCACCGGGCGACGAACGGACGCAGAUCCAGCCGAGAGGCUUCAGAUCCGGCCCAGCAGAUCCGAGCGGCUGCUGGUCCGGGGUGUGUGGGUGUGUGCGUGAGAACGCCCGGUGUCAGCCUGGAGCACGGAUCGACACCGGCGCCGGUCAGCGCCGAGCUACGCCGCCGGCCCCGGUGAGCACGGCCGGUCUGACGGCCGGUCUGAGCGUGCGGCUGCCGCCGUCUGCCAGCUGCGGGGCAGCUGUCUGGGCUCACACGGCGUCGGCCGGCGACCACGGCGGUCUGGGGGGACCUGCCACGGGGCAGAGCUACCGACCACGGCGGUCUGGAGGAUCCUGCCAUGGGGCAGAACCAUUGUCGGGAGCGUCGGACGGUCCAGCAGCGCGACAUGUGCGUCGCGGCUCACAGCGGCAGUCUAGUCUUUCAUGUCAAUAUGGACGUGCUGGUUUUGGUUGGCUAUGACGGACGACGCCCUCUAUUGUUUAUCAUGUUAGAGCUGACUGCGAUUUGCGUGUGCGUGUGUGUGUGUGUGAGGACAGUUGGUGUGAUUCAUAUGCCAAACGUUUCGUUACUGUGAUCCUACAACGACAUUUGUGGCAUGACUUUUGCCGUUUGUUGGCUGAUGUGUAUGGAUAACAUUUCGAGGUCUACCUGCGAGCGCCAGUGAUCAGGCCCUUGAUGCAACUGAAGUCUGGUGGUCAAGAUGUACUUCGCCAUUAAUGGGUGCGAAUGAUGUCAGAAGGAAUCAACGUUUCUGAUUGGCAGAACAGAUGGCGUAAGGCAUCCAGCGAUAAGUGCAUUGUUGGUGGAAGUUUGAACAUGUGCGUCAAUUCACCAAGUGAUGUGGCGCUGGUAGAUACCUGCUUUGUCAACACAGCAUGUUUGCCAGUCAAAAUGCCAUUCGAAAAGAGUCACUAUGCUAAACGCCAUAUGGAGUAAAUCAGAACAACAGCAUAAACAUUCAUUGCAUUCGCGUGGAUAUUGCAUCAUAUUUGUACACCGUCCUCCACAAUAAAUAAUUUCAAGGUC